UCGCCGAUUUUUCUCUCUUUCCUUCCAAAUAUAUUUUAUUUAUUUUCUCUUUCUUUCUCCCCAAGCAACUUACAACUCUAAAUAUUCAACGCGUUGAAUAUUUAUUUUCUCAGAAACUAUAAAUGUUUUCUCUAAUAAUUUAGUUUGAUGAAUUUCACAAGCAAUCGAGUAAACCCUUGUCUCCGUUUAAACGCCGUCGUCUCGUGAUCUACGCCGCUUUGUUUUCCUCUCCUCAGUUAUCUCUUCUAUCGUUUACUUCUUCAUACAACAAAGACGACGGCGUUUAAUCAAUGAAAGCGGAGGUGAAUUAGAUUAGCCUCUAAGUGACCUUUGUAUAAAGGAAAAUUUGUUGACUUUACACAAACAUUAUGGUGACAACGAGCUUCUGCCGAGAUGGCCACUCAUUGCAGAAUUUGGUUUUGCAUUUUGUUCUCCAUGACAUGGCUUCUCAGAAAUUUAUUAUGGCAGACCGGUGCUAUACUAAUCUAGGAUUUAGUCUUUCAGUUAGUGAUUUGUAAAUUGUAGUUGCCUGUAGAUAAAUGGAGUCAAACUGGGUUAAAGUUUUAGAUAAUGGCCGUAGGACAGCAGCAGUCUACUCAAGAAAUAAAGUAGCAUCUCAGCUUGUGGCACAUAUAGUUGGAGCUGGCACUGAGAAGCUUGAUGAGCUAUCAUUUCAAUCAAACUGUAGCUCAUUUUAUAACAAGCUUGGGAAGAGGAAAAGGACUGUAGACGGUGAGUCUGAUUGCCGAUCACAUCUCAGGAAGUCGAUACUUAAGAACUACUCAAAUUUCAUGAAAAGUGGACUGCCCCAACGUGUUUUAUUUCAUCAGAAUGGUGAAUGGAAUGAUUUCCCUCAAGAUAUUGUUCGUAUAGUUAAAGAGGACUUCCGUGCAAAGAAGGCUGUGAUUGAGGUGAACUUUGGUGGCUUUCAUGUAAUACUUGAUAUUCUAUAUAUGGUUCAGGUAAAUCUGGUAACUGGUUUAGAGAAACCUAUUGGCUGGAUAGACGAAGCAGGUGGCUGUUUCUUCCCCGAUUUACGUCUUGUCAGUUGUAAAACGCAUGACAACUUUGCAAUCCACUCACAGAGAACUGAAGAAUUCAGUGCUGCUGAGCCGGAUAGGGCAACUAAAAUCAAGUUGCAUCUUGACAUAGACUUUAAUGGACAGAACAAUUGCAAUUUCGAAGAAUGCGUGGAAGAGUCGAAUGUUAAUUUUAAAAGGAUUAAAGUUUAUCCUUUUAAAGAUAAUCAAGAAUUUGCUGGUGAUAAAAAAUCAGAUACUAAAAUGGAAAUAGUUGCAGAAAAUCAACAGAAUCAGGAAAGUCGGUCUUCUAAAUUAGAAGAUACUCUAAAGUUGGUGGAUGCAGAAUCUGUUAAAAUUAUGUUUGUUAAGGGAAUGAAUACCAUUCAUAAGGUGGAUAUAGUCGAAAUUAGUCAAUGCUCAAGUAAAUAUAUGAAAAAUCGCUUGGAACUGUUUGAGAAGCAGGUUGAGAUAACCCAAAAGUAUCGCGGAAAUUCCAAUGUCCGUUAUGCUUGGUUUGCCGCUUCCAAAGAGGUAAUAUCCACAAUUAUGAACUAUGGCCUUGCGCAUGGGGUACCUAGACAGAAGACUAAUCUUGGAGUCGGAGUGCACCUCUUUGCACAGGACUGUGCCUCUAAAAGUGCUGCUGGCUGUGAUAUUGACGAAAAUGGAGUUCGUUACAUGGUGCUUUGUCGUGUCAUUUUGGGCAAUGAAGAACUUUUGCAUUUUGGCUCUAAGCAAUCUCAUCCGAGCAAUGAGAAAUAUGAUAGUGGUGUUGAUGAUCUGGAGAGUCCUACUUAUUAUACUGUUUGGAAUAUGAAUAUGAAUACACACAUAUAUCCGGAGUAUGUUGUGAGCUUCAGGAUGUCUUCAGGAGCAGAAGGGGCUCCAAUAAAGGAAGAAAGUAGGCUUGAUGUCUCCGGAGUUACUUCUCAGGGAUAUGAAGAGCAGUUGGACUUGAAUAAAUUGCCUAUAGAAUUGGGAAAUUGUCAGCAAUAUCAGUUUGUAAGCAACCUACAGCAAUCCCAUGAUGUUGGUAUGAGUAGAAAUAAAGCCCCCAAAUCGCCCUGGAUGCCUUUCUCUAUGUUAUUUGGAGCUAUUUCAGCUAAAGUCUCUCCCAAAGAUAUGAAAUUGGUUCAUGCACACUAUGACUUGUUCAGGAGCAAGAAAAUUUCCCGGAACGAUUUCAUUAAAAAGCUGAGAUUGAUAGUGGGUGAUCAAUUAUUGAAGUCUACUGUGACCAAUCUUCAAUGCAAGGUGCCUUCCACAUCUCCGUGCUCUUCGAGUGUGCCGAGCGGUGAGAGUUUUUGUUGAGGCUGUACCAGAAAGGUGUGCUGAGCGGUGAGAGUUUUUGUUGAGGCUGUACCAGAAAGGUGGUCUUCUGCUUGGUAGCGAAGAGUUCCAUCUUUAACGAUCAAUGCAUUGUCGUCGUCUUCUCUUUGGCUUGUCUUUUAUUUGUUCUUGGGUGUUAAUGUAGGUUGAAUUUCGUUGAACAUAUGGUCAUUAGAUGCAGUGGUGUCAAAACGUACCCUUUCUGUUCUUCUAUGUGCGACUUUCAUUCUCUCCUA